AUGUCGCCACUCGUCCACAAUUCAACACCGGACGAAGAAGUCCCAAUCCUCAUUAUUGGGGGUGGACCAUCAGGUCUUCUACUCGCUUUCCUGCUUGAACAACUGAACGUCCGUUGCUUGAUCAUCGAGCGAUACCCAACAAGAUUGGCAGCCCCUAAAGCCCACGCCCUCUCUCCAAGAUCUCUCGAAUUUUGCCGUCAAGCCGGACUAGAUGUGAAUGAAAUCCGCAGCAUUGGAAGUCCUCGUGAGGAUGCGCACUGGGUGAACUUUAUUACCAGCUUAACUGGUAAGCAAGUUGGUCGGCUUCCAUACGAAAGAAUGGACAAGGAGAUGAUCCAUAAUAUUCCGCAGCCUGCAUUUGAGGAUAUUAUAUCGAAGAGAUUGUCCAAGACUGGUUUUGUUGAGGUUCGAAAGAAUCAUUCGUUUAAUGACGAUGAAGUGAUAACGACUAUCGAGGACCGUGCCGCUCAGAAGGAGUAUAGGAUCAAAUCCCGACAUGUCAUCGCGUGCGAUGGUGCCAAAAGUGCUGUGAGGAAGCAUCUCUGCAUCACAAGCGAGGGCGAAGAAGCCACGGAAACUAUGAUGACGAUUCACAUCAAUGCUGAUCUCAGACCUGUGAUCAAAGAGCGAGUCGGUAUGCUUCAUUGGGUUAUGGAUCCACAAGUAUCCGGGUUUAUAAUCGGCUAUCAGCUGUCCGGUAAUCAAGUUCUGAUUUGCAAUUUUGAUUCCGAGAAACACCCCGUGGACUCAUGGAAUGAAGAACAUUGCCGAAAAGUUGUAGAUGCCGCAUUUGGCGUCAAGAUACCAUACGAUGUGCUCAGUUUCCGUCCAUGGCUCCUAAGUCGGAAAGUAGCACAUUCAUAUCGCGCUGGUAACGUCUUCCUAGCUGGUGAUGCUGCACAUUCAUUCCCGCCUACAGGCGGUCUAGGUCUGAAUUCUGGCCUGGGUGACGUGCACAAUCUUGCAUAUAAACUUGCCGCAGUCCAUCAAGGAUGGGGCGGAGAUAAUCUACUUGAUACCUACCAGGUCGAACGUCGCCAAGUCGCUCUCAUCAACGCAGAGCAAAGUGUGAAGAAUGGCAAGCAGAUAUUUGGCUUGCUCAAGGCACUUGGUACUACAGAUCCAGAUGUGGAGGUUUCCAGAAAAAAUCUCUAUCGGAAUAUUCAGGAUCCUGAGGCCAUGGUCGAGAUCAGCAAGGGAAUUGAAGGUCAGCGUGAGCAUUUCGAUAACCUGGGUGUCCAUAUCGGUUAUGUGUAUGGCGACACGCAAGUUCCGAAAAAUGUUUCGCUAUUCAGGUCUUCGUGUGUCCCAGGGGCUCGACUUCCACAUGCCUGGAUCGAAGUGUUUACUGAGCAGUUUCCACUGUCUGCCAUUGACUCUUCGUAUGUGAGGGAGCUAUCGAUUGAGCAAAUCUCUCGGAAGCGAUUCUCUACGUUAGACCUAUGUCGUCUUGAUUCUUUCACUCUCCUAGUUAAUGAGGGAAAUUCCGCCCAUUUCAAGUCGUCUGUCAAACGACUCUUCGAGAUUCUACCUGCACAUGUAGCUAGUGUUUUAUCACUGCGAGUUGUUGUGUAUGGAGUUGAUUUUGCGCUUCAGCCUGGGUUGGAGAAUUCUCAGUGGCUCGACUUGAUGGGAUUAAGGGAACAUGCGGUACUAGUUCGCCCAGAUCAACAUAUCUUGACUUGUCUUCCAACAAAUUCAGGGUCAGAAGAGCUGCUACAAUCGUUGAAGGCUCAUUUGUCGUGGUGA